ACAAUGAUAACGCUGUCUGCGGUAUUAUAAUAUCAGUUUCGUCGGAUAAAUAUCAAGGAAAUCACGCAUAUCAUUACAGAUGCAGAACAAGCGCCAUAACUACAAUGUGUUCGCGGUCACCAGAUCUAGCAAAAAUGCAACUUCGUGAGCAAAUAUCAAAGAACAUUGCACAGCUUUCGAAAGAGGAGAAGGAUCGUCAGUCUAACAUAGUUUACAAUAAGAUAAUCAACCACCCGUACUACAAAGCCGCGAAUCGAAUAGCCAUAUUCAUGAGCACGGACGAAGAAAUUAACACGGCUCCAAUUAUAGCCCACAUUCAGGCUAGAGGAGCCUCUGCAUUCGUGCCUCAGUAUGCUGGUGGUGUGAUGAAAAUGCUAAAGGUAGAAAGUGGUGAUCAGGAUACCAUGCCGCAAACUAAACAUAGCAUCCAACAGCACUCGAAGGACCAAAAGCGGGAGGACUCUUUGGAUAGUGGUUUAGACUUAAUAAUAGCGCCAGGUGUUGCUUUCUCGCUGGAUGGGGGCCGCGUUGGGCAUGGUGGGGGCUACUACGAUAGAUUCUUGGCAAAAAUACGAGCUGAGCAACAAACACCACCAAAGGUGAUAGCAAUCGCGUUCAACUGCCAAAUAGUGGACAAGGUGCCUAUGAAUGACCUGGACCAGAAAAUCGAUGGAGUUAUUUACGCAGAAUGAUAUUUUAUAUAAUUAAGUUAAGUAUAGUUAUAUACUUACAAAAAUAUUACUUUUACAAUUAAUGAAAUAAUUGUAGACAUUAGACAUGCAUUUAAUACUUAAAAGUCUGAUAUUGUGUUAAAAAAAAUUGUCAAUACUAUUUUAUUAAGCAAAGUGCAUUUAAGAAAAUAAAUUUGCAAUUUAUAAGGAUGAAACUACAACUGUUAUAAGGUCUAGAGUUUGUUGGAUAUUUUAGUCGUAAGUGUGAAUAUAAUUAUAAUGCAAAAUAAAGGUUUAUCGUCAGUAUUAGAUUGUUGAAUAAGCAUUGUAAAUUAAUUUGUUUUUUUUUAUCCGUCAGAUAAUAUAGAUAGAUCGUUAUAUCUUGUCUUCAUUCUUUUACGCGUGUAAUGAGAUUUGUUACACAAUUUUUAUUUGCCACAGUU